AUGGACAAAGAUUGCGACAUGGUAUAUAAGAAUGUUUCUGACAUAUAUAAAUCUGAAGAAUUUAAGACCUACGACAACUUUGUUUCGUUAGUUGCUGAAUGUGUAUGGCAGAUAAGAGAUAAAGAUAGAAGAGGUAAGGUAUGGAACAAACAAAUAAGACCCGCUAUGUUUGAGAUGAAGAGAGCAAUUGACGCUUUAGUUGUUUUAGCUGGUUUUAUUUCAAUGUAUAACGCAAAAAUGAACCCGCAAUGUUCUAAAUGUAAAGCAGCAAUGAGGAGAUAUAACUACUCCGUCAAAGAGAUAGAACGUAUGAGAAACGACUAUGCAGACUUAAAGAAAGAAGCAGAAAAACCAGCAGAAGAUAAAAUGGACACGUUAGCAUUUCUGAACAAAAACUAUCCAACUGCUGACGAUUUCCUAUUAUCUGAUGUCAAGAAGAAGUAUAAAGAAACCUUCGGCAUUGUUAAAACAUUCGAUGUACUAAAAGAAGAAAUAGAAGCUACAAAACUGUUUAGAAUCUCACGAAUUCAUAACGUUUACCAUGUAAAACGCUUAUAA